AUGCAAAUCUUCUCUAACUUCUCUCAAUCUUUUGAUUACAGCAUCUUUGCCAACACCACUGGGACCACUUAUCACAAUAAUCAAAGGUCCACGGUUCGGGACUAUGGGCUGAGAGCUAAAUUGCGAGCACAAAAAGAGGCCUCCAGGGCCCGGAAUACCUCGACCGGUUCGGCAGUUUCCAGGGGUGGAAUGGGGACAACUGGGGACCUCCUAGGAGCAUCCAUAGUGGAACUUGCGGCAUUUUCCGACACCAAAUUGUGCGAAUUCACGGAUAUCCGCCUCGGAAACCUUAGUUUCACGGAUUCACAAUUCGAUAUAAAUACUGGGUAUGAGUUUAAACUAGCAAAAGGGCUUGUCAGUUUUGGGGAAAGAAAAAAAAGGAUUCACAAUUCGAUAUAA